AUGUCGGAAGAGUAUAUGGACUUUGACCGGUUCAUCGAAACCUUUGAACUGAAGCUCGAUAAGGAGUUUGACUGCGACGACGCAGCAACUUCGUGGGCUCCCUCAGCCAACGGCGGUCCUCAACUUUGGGGAGACGAGCAAGAUAUGGGAAGUUCAUGGCAGUGGCAACCAACGCCAUCGUUAGAAUCUAUGCUGUCGAGUCAAAAGUAUUGA